AUACUCUUGCCCUUCCUCUGUGUCAUCGUCUUGUUUUUCCGAUUGCCUGGACUGACUCCGAUUUUAGUUGUGGUUGGGUUGAUGAUUGAAAUCUGAUUUAGGUUUCCCGCAGGCAGGCAUGAAGAGUGAGAGUAGAAGCAUUAAUGGAAACGGAUGGAAGCAGAAGGAGCUCUGCCUUCUCAUCCUAUAUGCGAUUGCUUUCUACGCUUUCAUCAUUCGUCGCUCUCUUCAGCUCUCCAGAGAUCAUUACACCAAGCUCUACGGCUUGCGCAGUGGAUGGCUCUUUCCUCCCCACCCAUUCCCAAAUGAUGUCUCUGAUGCCCAGUGGAAAAACUUCCGUGCAAAUUUACCCAUUCUUACCAUAGUUUUUGCGUUUUUCACUGUUCUAGCCAAUACACUGAGGGCGUGCUUUAGUUUGAAAGUGCGGGGGAUGUCCAUUGUCUGGCUUUUAAUUUCUUUGAUUUACCUAUCUUAUUUGCAUGGAGCUUGGUAAGCUUUUUCUUUAAUUCUAUUCGUUGAAAUUUGAAAAUACUUCUAAUUUGCUUGUUCCUCGUCAAUUUUUAACUCACUUCUUUUUCUCAUUUUGGUAGCAUCAUAUUUAUCCUGUCAAUUGGUUCGGUUAACUUUCUUCUCGUAAAGGUCUGCUCAUCUAACUUUCUAUCAGUCACUGAAACGUGCUGGUGUAACAUCAAUUGUAAUUAUUGCACAUAAAUGAUUCUAAUAUCUGCCAUUUUUUACUAGAUUUGUGUUUCUGCAGAUAUUUGCACGGACAAAGUUCUUCCCAUUUGUAGUUUGGACUUUCAACAUAUUUUUCCUUAUAUGUAAUCGUGUUUAUGAAGGUUAUUCAUUCUCUGCAUUUGGCCAAUGGUGGGGAUAUUUGGAUAACUUUCGAGGAACAUUUAGGUGGCACAUCUGCUUCAAUUUUGUUGUUUUGCGUAUGAUAAGCUUUGGAUAUGAUUACCAUUGGGCACAUCGAGAUUCUCAUUUUGAUAAAGAGAAGCACAUUCAGCGAUGCCAUAUUUGUAAAUCAGGAAAAACUUGUUACCAAGCUCUACAGGUCAGCAGCUAAGAGGGAAACAGUCACACGCUCAGCUUUUCUUUUAUUACAUACCUCAGUUUUCUGGUAUAUGCACCCCUUUACAUUGCUGGGCCAAUAAUAAGUUUCAAGGCAUUUGCCUUACAGUUAGAUUUGCCUCAGAAUCAUUACUCAAUUAGGGAUGUGAGUUGGUAUGGAUUACGUUGGGUAUUCAGUCUGUCUCUUAUGGAACUAAUGACACAUCUGUUUUAUUAUAAUGCCUUUGCCGUCAGUGGCUCAUGGAAAUUGUUGUCUCCUAUGGACAUAUUCAUCAUUGGAUACGGGGUGAUAAACUUCAUGUGGCUAAAAUUUCUCCUUAUUUGGCGCUAUUUUCGGUUUUGGUCACUGCUUUCUGGAAUUGAGGUGCCUGAGAACAUGCCAAAGUGUGUUAAUAACUGCCACAACUUGGAAGACUUUUGGAAAAAUUGGCAUGCUUCCUUCAACAAGUGGAUCGUGAGGUACAUGUAUAUUCCUCUCGGUGGAUCUCGGAGAAAACUACUCAAUGUUUGGGUUGUAUUCACAUUUGUAGCAAUAUGGCAUGACUUAGAAUGGAAACUUCUUUCCUGGGCAUGGCUAACAUGUUUAUUCUUUGUUCCGGAAAUGGUGGUGAAAUCAGCAGCCCAUGCAUUUAAGGCUGAGGGUGCCUUAGGGGAAUUUGUUUUCCGAGAAUUUAGUGCUGUUGCUGGUGCUUUCACAAUAACAUGUCUCAUGGUCGCAAACCUUGUUGGUUAUGUUAUUGGGCCAUCAGGCAUUAAUUGGUUGAUUUCUCGUUUCCUUACCAAAGAAGGACUACCUGUUAUGGGCUUCAUGCUGGUAUCAUUUUAUGUUGGAACAAAGCUUAUGUUCCAUAUCCAAGAUGUCAAGUGAAGGACAUGCUACGGUUUGUUACUCGCAUUUGUUGGUUUUUACCAAAUUCUAUAGUGUCUGAGUUGAGGGCUUCAUCCAAAUAGGAGAUUUUUGGAGACUUACGUAAACUACUAAGCUGCUAGGGGGAAAAUGGCAGCUAAAUUCAAUAUUCUUUUUCCCUGAAACAAAACAAUGUAUAAGAUGUGAUAAUUCUAUUUCAGCUCCUUUUUAUUCUUUUUUGCAAUUUUUUUUCUAUCAUCCUGUAGCUAUUAGGUUGUUAUCACAAUCUCAAUUCUGAGAAGGAGAACCAGAGCCUCUUCAACUCUCCCUGCGUCUUCAUACAAAUCAACCGUGCAUCCAUAAAAAAUGCAAAUGACCACAUCACUUUCAUACCCACUUCAGAUAAUUGUGCCAUCAGAAAUGAAGCUCCUGGCAAUUA